AUGUCUACAGAAAACGAUGAAAGACACUUAAAAGGAUGUCUGUCGCGUAUUGUGACAGAAGUUCAACAAACUAUAGACAAAUUGAAACAUAAACAAGAGAAUAAUCCAGCAACAACAGAUUCAAAUGCAACAACCAAUGAUUCUUUAUUUUCCAAUUCGAUGUUAAAUAAUAACAUCAAUACAUUUACUCUAGAUAAGGAAGAAAAUGAACUGCUUGAACAACUAACGAAUGACAUAGAAAUAGCACUGGAUGAGUACUUGCCACUUUUAUCCCAAAUAUGUUGUACUUAUUUACUCGAAUUUUUUCACCCAUACCAUUAUGAUAAGAAUCGAAAAUUUUCAUGUCCAUUAACACUCAAUGAGCUAUAUCCAUUCUCUCAUGAAGUAAAAGGAAUUUUAGCGUCAGUUGAUGCGUAUCCAGCUGCAUUUAAUGGGAAAUUGGACGUUGUUAAAAAGUUUAUUAAUGAUCAUCCAGCAUUAAAAGACAAACCUGGUCUUUGGGGAACUACCCUUUUGUAUUCUAGUGCAAGAAAUAACCAUAUGGAAAUUGUUAAAUAUCUAAUUAUGGGAGCUAGAUGUUCAGUUGAUGCACAAAACCAGCGGCAGCUUGCUUUUGCAUUGCAUGAUACUGGUGUACAACAAACAGAUGUUUCUGUAUCACCAACUGCAGCGAGUACGGCGUUACAUGGCGCCUGCUUUAAUGGUCACUUAGAAAUUGUUGAAUACUUAGUUCUUAAUGGCGCAAAUUAUUUUCUCCAGAAUCAAGCAUUUGAAACACCGAUAAUGAACGGUGAACAUCAACCAAGGAUAAAACAGUUUUUCCAAAAAUAUCUUAUUCUUAAUUAUUCCAGUCCACAGACAAAUGCUUCAUUACCCGAUAAAACCAUAAGCGAUGACGAGAGAAAAGGCUCAAUAAUCGAUUGCGUAUGGGAGUAUAAACCUGUUAGUGACAACACGUGGUAUGUAUUUCCGGAAAAUGAAAGUAAGGAAUUACACAAGUCAUUAAUACCCAAUCAGCCAGAAUUCGCAACGACAAUUCACUUACGCGUCCGUCAAGGUGUCUACAGCAUUUCAAUGAUGAAUUUUUUACGUUCUGGAAAAGAUAUGGAGUCCAAAAAUAACUUGGCAUGGAUCCGAUGUCGUGGUUCUAGUGCACUAAAUUUCGAUACUUAUUCAUUAUGGGAAAUUAUGUUGACAAAACACAGUAAAGCUGAGCAAAAUACAACACCAUCAUUAAAAACAUUAACGAUACCUGCGAUUCAUGACAGUCGCUUUAAGUUACAAUUAAAUUCGUGGUAUUCUUGUGGUGCUAAAUCCAGCAGUCUGUUAGAUGAUGCAAUGAAUUACCGUCGUAAACAAGUGACCAUAGACAUCGAUUAUAUCGGUGAUAAACUUAAAUUUGAUUUACAGACAUUUUCGUUUAAAUCCGAUAAUGAAUUAAUUAUCGGUUAUAUUCGAUGGGUACCAAAAUUGAUAUCGGGUAUAGAAAAAACCAAUAUAGUUGAUAUUGACAAUUUUCAAAGUGUUGGUGAUUCGAAUGCAAUACCGUUAACAACAAGACGAUUAGCACAGGCGUCAGUAACAAAAACUGAUCAGCAAUUACAGCGAUCGGAAAUGAACGACGAUGAAGAAAUUCUGAAGCUCAAUGAUGACGACAACGAAGAUGAUGAUGAGACUGACAAAGAAAAGGGAACGACAUCGAACAAUGGAACGUGGACUUUAGAGGAUUUAAUAAAAGGUAAUGAAUCAUCUGAUACGCAACAGCUUUCUUUAUCCUCGAUGCAAUCUAAAGAUCCAGAUACUAUAUCAAUCAAUUCAAAUGAUUACUUUAAUGAAACUGUUGCCAGACAAACUUUACCACAAUUACUCGAAAAAUCAAAUUCAACAGCUAACGCGGCAGAAACUGCUGCUAUCACUGCUAAAUUAGAAGCUGAGAAUAAAGACUUGAAAGAACAAAUGGCUUUGGCGCAAGUCAGAGUUCAAGAGCAAAUAGAACAAACUGGGAAAAUGAGUCAAGAAAAACAGAAUCAAUUAGAUGAAGCUUUAAGAAAAUUAGAUCAACUCCAAUCACAACAAGUUUUGGCUGAUGAGAAACAAAAACUUCUAGCUAAUAUAACAAAAACAAUCAAAACAAUUGAAUACGAUAUACAAUCGAUAUUAGGAGAAUUUUUACUAACAAAAAUGCAAAGUACAAAUGAGUAUCUGAAACAAAAAAAGAUUAGUGAAUACGAGGCAUUGUUUGCCGAUCGAUUACCGCAGAUUAACAUAAUGGAAAAAGGAAAUGAUUACAUGAUUAGAUUAACGGGUUUUCAAGUACACCACACUGAACUCAAAUUAAUAUUAUCUCGUAUUCAGACACUGGUAAAUGUAAUUCAAUCAGCCAAAGAUUAUUAUAAACGACAAUUGAAUAAAACUAUACGAACAAUAACAAAGAAUAUUUUAUCUGUGAAACCAAUGAAUAAUAUUUUGAAUUGGAAACGUUAUGUAGAACUUUUUAUGAAAUUAUUGCAAGAUAAAAGUGAUGAAUAUAACAAGAUAUUUAAUGAACAUAUUAACAAAAAUGGAAAACGAAUUACGGAACCAUGUAUUGUCAAUUCUAUUCAACCUUGGAUUGAAUUAAAGACAGUAACAGAUAAAUUUAUGAAAGAUAAUAUUUUCAACAAUGAGGUAGAACAAUUGAAGCAUGUGGCAUUAGAUGAAUUUAUUAAAAAUUUAUUUGUUCAAGAAUUAAAAGUAGUCAAGAAACCAACCCCAAAAUCAAUUUCAGUUGCGAAAAAUUUCAUUGAAAAAGUAAGAACAUUAUUUAAAACAGACAAAAUUUACGUCGGAUUGGAAAUAAAACAUUUUAAUUUGAUAGUAACAUUACUGCAAAGAAUAAAUAUUUACUACAAAUCUUUCCUCAUACAACUACCGCUUUACGAAUCAUCAAAGGAACUUCUAGACAAAAUUGAGAAAAAUACGGUAAUUACAAUAGCAACAUCAACUGGAUCAGGUAAAGAAAAAAGAAGUGGGAGAACACUACGAAUCCUAACGCAUCGGGAAUCCAUUGUUUUAAAUUAUGUUUGAAAAAAGGAGAUGGAUGCAUCCGCCCAAGCGUCAAAAAAAAAAUCUAGUAUCGCCCGAUUCAUCUAGAUUACUAGAUUUUUACUCGAUUGCAACUAUUGAGUGCCGACAGUGAAAAUCUAGUAAUCGGGCGAUUGUACAUUUCAUCUAGUUGCAACUAUCAACCUAUCGCUCGAUAAUCGAUUGAUUUAAAUGUUGCUAGUUGCACAUGCAGGCCCAUCUAGUUAAAAGUUCCUUUUCCAACUAGUAAUCGGCUUGUCCAAGCGUGACGCUGUGACAAUUUUGACACAGUAAUUUGAGCUUUCCUCAAAAAGUGUAUAAGCUAGAACCGUCGUCCUUGCGCCGUUCGACGCAGCUCGCCA